AUGCUCAAACCCGGGAACCGGAAACGUCGCAGCUGCGUGGACACGGCUUCAGGCAGUUUGCUUUUCUGGGGCGUGCGAUGCCCUGCAAAGCUCGGCGCGGGCGGAAACGCCGGCGCGAAUGCCUGGUGUCCCGACGGUGACAAGUGUCUCUUCUGUCACACCGAGUCCGAGUAUUUCGGUCACCCAGGCGUCUACAAGACUGUGCUUUGUUCGAACGCGAAGGGACACUCGGGCAAGACUUGCUGCUUCUCCUCGUCGACAGCGUCUUCGCCUCCGCAGAAAGGUCAGGAGGCGCUCUUGCCCUUCUGCGGCCGCACACGCUGCUGCUGCUGGAAAGCCCAUGGCAAAGCCGAGCUCCGCACCGAGCUCGCGAAGGCCUACUUGCCCACUAGCAGGAGCGUCAAACUCGCUUCUGAGGGCGCCGCGACCUCGCCAUCUGCCGCCGCAGGCAGCUGCGACGGCUGGAAGAGUCUCGCCCUCGCGCGGAGGAGCUGCGCGCUGAGCGGGGGAGCGGAGACCGGCGCUGAAGGCGAGGCGCCGAGCCAGCGGCAGGCCUCGUGCUGCGCUCUGGCCGCGGGAUCUGAGAGAGACACGCCACACGCCAGUCUUUCUAUCGCAUUCCGCGCCGACAGCAACCCAGGCACGGCUGAAGGCAGAGGCGCUGAAGCGAGGAGGAGCGAUGACGCUGCGGGCCUGCUUUGCCGGCAUUUUUCGCCGUCAGCGCCGGCAGAGAAGGUCGGGGAAGACGACAGCUCGGCUGUCGGGGAGAAGGCAUCCAGGGCCGCGGAGAAAGGCGGCGGCGAGAAGACGAAGGACGGCAAACCGUGGGCGUCGGGCUGUGUGUCGAUCUCCGGCAGCGGGGAGUCCGCUCACGGCGGGGAAUGUGGUGGCGGCGACUGCGGGGGCCACAGAGACCCCAAGGGCAACGCGCCGCCGGCGUCGCCCUCCGGGGAUGGAUCUCUGAACGUGUUCCUCCCUGAUGGUUCGCUUGACCUUGCGCUCUUCAAGGUCUUUCCCUGCCGCAACCGCACUUUGCUCCACGAGCGAAAGAGCUGUCCUUAUUAUCACAACUACAGAGACAAACGCAGGGCGCCGGUCACGUACCGAGCGGAGCAGUGCGACGAGCACUUCGACCUCGAUACCGCGACGAUCCAAUGCAGCAAGGGAGACAACUGCGAGCGAUGUCACAACCGCCACGAGCUCUUAUACCACCCCAACAUCUACAAGCAGCGUUUCUGCUCCAACUUAUCUCAAAACGAGAGAGGCGGCACGACUUGCUGCGCGCGGGGCGUCUUUUGCGCGUUCGCGCACUCGCGGUCGGAGAUCCGUGCGACGCUCUUCACUAAGCAGGAGGAGCAGGAGCCGGAUUGCCAGUUUUUCGUUGCGAAGUUCAAAACCGUCUGGUGUCCCUACGGCUCGCAGCACGAUUGGCACACUUGUGUCUACGCGCAUACCUACCAGGACUGCCGCCGAGUGCCAGCCAUCGGCUACGGCUCCGAACCCUGCCCCGCGUGGUCAAAGGAUCUCCACUCCGCAGACUACGAGCGCCGGUGUCCGCACGGGGCGCGAUGCAGCUUCUCUCACGGCAGCAAGGAACAGCUGUAUCAUCCGUCCUACUACAAGACGAUGCCAUGUAUCGACUAUCGUCCGCCGACCAAUGAAGGGAAGGCGGGCGCCGCGUCGCAGGAGCGCGGCCGCGGCAGAAACGGCGGCUGCCCGCGUGGCUUCCUCUGCGCUUUUUACCACGACGUGAGCGAGAGGCGCACGCCAGUCCCGCCCGUCUCUUCGACUGCGGGGUGGACGUUCUCCUACUCGUCGCCGCUACCGCUCGCGCAGCUCAAACUUCUCCAGCCGCUCUUUCUCGAACCGCCGCUCUUCAACCUCGACGACUUUGAGGCCUUUGGGCACCACAGUCGCUUGACGGCGGCGUCUCGUCGCGCAGCGAAUCACUCGGAAGGCGCGUCGUCUUCCGGCGCGAUUCUCACCUCGUACAAUCACGCGAACUCGUUCCCUGCGUCUUCGAAGAGUCAAAACGGGCGACACUUUCCUGCCCGCAACGGCCUUUCUCCUUCAGCGGUGGCUGGCGGGGGCGCUCUCCCCCAGCACGCCUCGACGUUCUCCAGCAACUUCUCUCUCUCGUCGCCGGGGUACUGCGCCGCGCCCGUGGGCGUCCCUCCUCUUCCGCCGACUUCGGCUUCGGCCUCGGCGGGCGCGAGUCUGGUGGCGCCCGAGGGCGACGAGGAGACGGCGUCGUCGGGGCUCGCCUCCUUCGGCUCUUCUCCGAAGCCUGGCAGCCGGUCGCGACGCGCCUCGUCGUCCUACUCGUCUGCAUCCGCUUCGGCUGUUGGGCUGCCGCCGCUGGCCUCACCCUGCGGCGCCGGGGCAAGCGCCCCCGCGACUGCGGAGUCGCCUUCGUCGGGAGCCUCCUCUCGAGUGCGCGCAGACCCCGCGGAGGCGAUGGAUAGCUCGGUCAGCGCGGGAUUCGCAACCCAGGGCGAGUUUUCUGACGCAGGCAGACGCGCGAGGGAGGAUGAGGCCGUUCCGGCGAGCAGCGACGUCGGCGUCGUGGCAAAGAGCGACGGAGCUUCUUGCGAGAGACGGGGAGCGGCGUCCAGAUCUGCUGCGGCAGCGGAAGCUCACAAAGGGGGUGCGAAGAAGGAGAACCCCAAGAGAGUUUCGCUGGAGGCCUCAGCGCAGGAGCAUGUGGCGCCUGGCGCCUGCGAAGCGAACGGUCAGAGCGCCCUGUCCCCUUUUGUCUCCUUUUCGUCUCCCACCGAGGCCCGGGUGUCUCUGGAGGCCCAGCGAGACCAGGAGGAGCUCGACUUUCGCGGCGCGAGAGACGGCAGAAAUUUGCACACGUGGAGCGACCCGUCGCCGUUUGCCUCGUGCCCACCGAGCUCCGCUUCGCUCUCUUCUUCCAGUCUGCUGUCUUCUGGGUUUUCGUCUUCGUCCUAUCUGAAGAACGAGGAACACGCUCUCCAUCGAUCCACUCAGGACCAGCUGCUUCUGCAGGUCGCCGCCAUGCUGCUGACCAACAGUCCUUCGCAGAGCGAGCGUGAAAAAAUGACUCUCGCCGCGUCCUCCAGAAGGGACGAGGCCCCGCGCGCCGCAGAGGCUGAGCGUGGAGCUCGUGCGACGCACACCUCUGUUGCAUUCUCCUCGCAGUCUGGGCUUCCUCAGGAGCCUGCAAAGGUGUACUGUGCCGCAGGGGGGAGCAGCGCACACCAAGUUUUCCGUCAUGCGUCGGAGAUUGCGGGAGCGAGCCUCGGGGCGUCCUCCUCUUCAUCCUCUGUCAGCUGGAACCCCCCCGCCGCGCGUUUUUCCCCGCCUCUCUCCUCGAGCGAAGAAGGCCUCAGCUUGAGCCUGAUGCAGGGCCAGUGCGUCGCGGACGUGUCGCGCGACGCUCUCUCUGCGGACCUGAGUCUGAGCGAGCGAGCGAGUCGCGCGGAGUGGACUGCGAAUCUCGCGUCCUCGGCCUCCUUCGACGUGUUUUCUGAGCAGAGCGACGUCCUCACAGACUCGACUGCGCUUCUCCAUCCGCUGGGCGCCGGUUCGCUCUCUGCGUCUUCGCCACCUCUUCUCUCAGGCGAGUCGCUCGACCUCGAGGCGCGAGUCGACCACGCGAAGGCUGCAGACGUCGUGGAGGCCCCCGGAGGUGAGGCGGAAGACGGCGAGCGCCAGAGAGCCGAGAAUGAAGAGUGGGUCGCCAGCACGCAGGGCAGCAGCCGGCGCGACAGCGCAGGAGACGCGUGGCUGUCGUCCCUCGCAGAGGCCGCGUUCGUCAGCGACGCGCGCUGCGCCUUCCCGGCCUCAGAGCCCCUGGGGCUCCAUCCAACCGCUUCCGCGCGACGUGGCGCCUGGGUCGACGGCGAAGCGGAGGCCUCCGGCGCAAAGCGUGCCGCGCGCAGAGGGAGCGCGCGCGACGACCCAGCCCACUGGCCCGAGUCGCGUCCUGAAGGACGAGCUGUCCUCCUCGCCUCCCUUCACUUCGACUCCGCUGUCGCCGCCCCCCGGCUCUUCGUCCCUGCGGAGGGCCCCGCCGGCGCUGAGCGGUUUCCGGCCUCCCACGGCCUCGCGAUUUCGAUUCUUGAGUCCUCGCCGCCGGUGCGGCAGAUGGCGCAUGCCGCGUCCUCCUACCCGUGCUCGCCCUGCGGCCAGACCGAGCCGCCCAACGACAGCAACAUCGGCGCGGCGUCCUCCGCCUCUUGCCUCAAUUCGCUUCUUUUCGUUGGAGGCGCUGAGGCGUCUGAAGACGCCGGCUGGGCGAACGUCGUCUUGCCGGAGCGCCAUCGAGACGGGCUGGGCGGCGACUCCAGCUUCCCUGCCUCGUCGAAUGCCCUGUGGGGUGCUCACUGGGGACAGGUCGGCGGGGACGAGGAGAGAGGCCUGGGGCCUCUGGCGUCGUCGGCACCUCCCGGGCUCGUUCCGGCACCUCCCGGGCUGCUCAGGACGGAGACUGCGGCGAAGGGCGAAGGAGAGUCGCACGACAACACACGUUUCGCCUCUCGGGGCAACGGGGCUCUGAAUGCGCGUGCGAAACUCACAGAGGCCUGUCGCGGCGAGGCCGGCCGCAGCGAUGCGCUUGUGAGGGCACACGGGGGCGGAGAAGACGCCAAGGGGGAACAGGAAAUCCUGAGGGUCUCGACGGCCGCCGUCACAGCUGUCGAGACCGCCGCGGUGGCGCUGUGGGGUGCGUUCGAGGACGAGGAGGACGAAGAGCGGACGCGGAACGCGGCGGCGUUUGGUUCGCGAAAGACUGAGGAGUGCGACGCGAGGACUCUUUUUCACACGAGGCUGACCUUCCUCGACGAGGCGACCAGCAGUUUGUGGGCGACGCGGGGCGACGGCGAGGCGCGCGAGGCGGAGACUGGAGGCCGGAAGGAGAGUGACGGUGGCGAGAAGACGAUGGCGUUGGCGGUCGCUGUGAGCAGCGUGAAGGAGCAAAUCAAGCGUCUGAAGGCAGUUCUGAAUCUUCUCGCGUGGAAAAACGUAGUCCUCUACGUGCCCUCCGGCGGAGAGGCUGGGGCGGGAAACGCGGAAGUCCUCCGCGACACGCUCACGCAGGCCGAGAAGAUGGCCUAUCGCCUCACACGGCUUGGCGAAUCGGAGCUCACUGAGGAGGCUCUCGCGUCGGCGCUCGGGGGCAACGACGCUGAGGAGAAUUUCGGCAACAUCGUCGUCGUGCAAGGAAUCCAGGGCGAGCGAGCCAAGGCAGAGACGUGUCACCCUGCAUCCGCCUUCGCGCGUCUUCGCGCCUACCAGGAGAAGCAGAAAGAAGCGGUCGCCGGGGGACGUGCGAAUGCCCCAGCUCCUGCUCUUGUCUGCCUGCACGGCUCGGCGCCGAGCUACUGGCGCGUGUGUGAGGAGGCAGAAUCAGAAGAUGCGAAGUCGCGGCAGGCAGGCACGACCCCUGCACUGCGUUCUUCGUCCUGCGCAUCGGCCCCUGCUCUGGUCCUGCAUCUCGUGAUUGCGGCCUCGCCGCUCGCGCUGCUUCCGCAGGGGGACUCGACCGAGGCGCUUGUGGAGGCGGCGACAGGGCGACUGGAGCGCCCCUCGCCUGGCGCCGCUUCGCACAGGCACGUGGUCCUGCCGUCAGAGUCUCUCCCACUCUGGGCGUGUCUCUUCUGUUCCCCGCCUGCAGCCUCGGCCGCGCUCGCGCUGCUCCCUGUCGGCUCCGCGUCUUGCAGCAGACUGGCCUCUCGGGACAAAGGCGCGCACAAGGCCACCGCGGAGGCGACGCUGUCGCGCGGGAAGAAGUGCGCGAUCGCGUGCAUCCCGGCUGCUGCUUCGGGAGACUCACCGACCAGCCGAAGCGUCGCUGAGGACGUCACAGCUGCGACGGCAGCGGCGACGGUUGUCUCCGGGUCGCCGGCCUCUUCGCUGUCGUCGCUGCCUCCUUUCGCGGACCUGGCGCCCCUCUCCCCUUCGUUGCAGGCCCAUUCGCCGUCGUCAGGCAGAGGCGCUUUGCGCUUCGUGCCACUCGCCCACGUGACCGUCGGCGGCGAAGCGGAGGUUGCGCGCAGCGACGAGGCCGAGCGAGGCGUCUCCCUGGAGACGGUGGCGAGCACUGAGGCCUCUGCAGCCUCCUCUUCGUCCGUCUCCGAUCUCAGACACGCGCGCAGCGACAGGACCCGACGCGAUCUGGACGCCGAUGCCGCCAGCGGCUUCGAGGCCGAAAACCGAGACGUGAAGGGGAAGGCGCUGGCCGCCACGCUCAAGGGCAGCUACGCAGAGGCGGCGGGUGCUGAGAAGAAAGGCGCAGCUCUCGCAGCAACCAACCUGCCACGGGCCUCCAAGGAGGCCCGUGGCAGCGCGAGGAAGGCUGAGAAGCAGUUCAGAGAAGGCGAACUUCUCGGCGCGCUUCUCGUCCGCGAGCUCCGCACCGUCUACGAGGUUUCGCAGCGCGAUGCGGAGCACGACGAGGAGGGGGAGACACGGAAGUCUGACCUCCAGCUUGUGUUCUGUUGGGCUCCAUCACACCAGGCAGACGAAGAGGACCUUGAGCAGCCGGUUGCCGUGAAGUCUGAGCAGGGCCCGCGCGUCGAUGGCGACUCUUCAGAUCGACUCGCGGUGCCUCUCGCGACGUUCGCGGCUACAGAGGACCGAUCGAAGCUGGUGCUUCGGGGGACAGCUGUCUCUCGGGUCGGUGCGGGUUCGUCGGGCUCGUCUCUCUCGCGGCGCUCGACUUCGUCGUCUUCGGACUUGCCGUCGCUCUCUGGUUUGCCUGCGGCUUUGUCUCAGCCCUCGCCCUGGAUGGCGCUUCGGGCGCAGCGACUGACGCGUCUUCUGGCAGCGCACGGACAUUCGCGGCCAUUCCUCGCGAGCGCUGCGGUCGCGGGGGAGGCCUCUCGCGGCGGGGGACGCCUCUGCGGGCGAUACCUCCUUCUCGGCGGAGUGUCGGGCGCCAAGGGGGCAGAAGAAUGCGCGGAUGCUGCCGCGCGUCUCUCUUCGCGCUGCGCCUCCAGCGCCCGCGCCACCCUGACCCUCGCGCAACUCGUGGGGGGCUGCCCGGCUGCGACGCAUUUGAAUCUCUCCCGACUCUCGCCGGCGGCUCUGCAGGCGAAGCAGAGCCCGAUGUGCCUGAUGCGCGUGGAUACUGAGGACUUGGAGCACGCAGUCAAGUGUGCGAACGCCGAAGCGGCGAGGGAAACGGACUUCUCGUGUGCGCUCUGCGGCGAGGCCCUCGCCGAGGGAGCGAAGGACGCGACGGCGAACAGCGCCGAGCUUGGCGUCAAAGAGAGGCGCAGAGAUGGCGCGGAGGGCGUGUGCUGCUUCGUGAAAUGCUCAUACAACCGCGAAGGCGAUGAGCAGCGAGAACUCGACUGCCCUCAUCUCUUCCACCGCGCCUGCGCGGUUAGGCUUACGUCCCUUCCGCAGCGUCUGGGAGCCGGCGUGCGGUGCUUCUGCCACGACUUCGUUCCUCGCUCGGCGUUUUGCGGUGAGACUCAAGGGGAAAACGACCGCUCAAAGGACACCAGCCAGUGUGUGAGCGAGUCUCCUGCGGCGUCGUUCCUUCCAGGCGGGAGCCAGCUGGAAAGCGGUACGUCCUCGCUCUCUCUCUCGUUUUUGCCCUACUACAACGGCUUCGCCACGAGCGCCGCUCUCGAGGAGAGCCGCCACGUCGACGCCGAGAAGGACCUCGCCUCCUGCUCGCUCUUCUUCUCUUCAGACGCAUGCGGCGGCGACGGGUCCGUCGCGUCGGACGUCGUGCGAACCUGUGGAACGGCGACGCUCGCGUUACCCCGGCGUCUCCGCCUCCUGGUUCGAGACGUGGUGGUCGCGCUCGCGCAUCUGCAAGAGCUGCAAAUUCGCAUCGCCCUGCAGGAGCCGCCCUCUACGCAGGCGAGUCUGUCGGGUCAGAAGAGAGUCGAGAAGCUCGAGGGAGGCGCGCGAGAAGAGAGAGCCAGCGAGGGGGGAGCGAAAGCGCUCGCCUCGCAGAGUCCUCUCAAGUCGUCGUUCAUCUUCUCUCCCGAGGACUUUGAGGUUCGAGACGAAGAAGGCAGGACCGCGAUGAGUCUGGCCUCCCGUGACUUGCACCCGCGGGGAGGGGACGAGGCACAGUCGCAGGUCGCUGUGGUUGCGGACAUAUUCGCCGAGUCGGUCCUUGAGAAAUUCAUAUCCUUCUCUUCGAGAGACAUACUGGAUUCCCGCCGCCGCCUGUAUUCGGCUGCGGCUGCUGAGCUCAUCCUCUUUAUCUGCUGCAGCGGAGCGACGACGCGACUGAGGGAGGGGCAACUCCGCGCAGAGGAGACGAGGUGCAGGCGCGUCGGCGACCUUUCGGCAGCAGACAAUAAGCUCCGCGCGCUGCCUUGUCUGCUUCAGCAUGUGCUGUCCCUCUUGGGCGAGCGCAGCGGCGUUGCGAACUUGCUUCCUGCCGAGCUGCGCAGAGAGCGACGGCUGUCUGAAGUGGAUGUUUUGGAUCGUUCGGUCUCAGUCGCGGAGCACGAAGGCCGAGAGAAGCGAGAAGCGAAGGGUUCCGAUGCUGCUGCGCAGGGGCCCGCCGCGCCCCUGCUUCUGCUCGCCGACGUCUUGCUCCACCCCUUCUUCUGGUCGCCGCAAAAGCGGCUCGAUUUCGUUGAGAAGCUCCAGUUUUUCCUGGACGAGGCCGCCCCCAGAGGGAAGCGGUCCUUCGCGGCCGCCUCGAGCGCCUCUGACCGACCGGCGCUCGCCGCGUCGCUGUACGAUUUCUCGCCCUUCGCUUCCAAGAAGAUGAAAGACUCACAUCGCCGUGUGCAGCAAGAGACGAUUCGAAGAGACUCCCGGGCAAUUGCGGAGAAGCUCGCGCAAGGCUGGAACAAGAAAGUCCACGCCGCUCUCUUGCGCGCAGCGGCCCCCGCCCAGCCGUCAGGCGCAGGUGGAGAGAGCAGAAAAGCAGGUCUCCCUGGGGACGCGCCGACGUCGGCUUGCGCCUUCUCGAACGACUUGUGCGGCCUUCUCCGCUUCAUCAAGUCCCUGCGAUCGUCGGCGCUGGCCGUCUGCCUCAACCUGCUGACAGCGCCUGCAGUCGCUGAGUUGCUCCAGAUGCAUCCAGUGGCGGGCGACUCGGGUCGCCGCGCAGGCGAGAGGCGCGCCCGACAUGCGCUUUUGCAAGAAUUCGACAGCGUCCUUCUGGAGCAGAUGAACCGAGUUCACCCCUGUUUGUUCCUGUUUCUGUUUUCGCACGUUGUUUCCGAACUUAGAGGCGACCCCGACGCCGAUCGGGUGUUUGGCUUCCUAUCCGAAUUUUUACUCACGGGCAAAGGCUUCCAGGAGAGCUUCAGCGUCGAGAAACUCCUGUGA